UUUUGAAACAGUAUAAAAAUUAAUGCCCAUGACACUAAUUAUAUAAGAUUAAUAUCUGAGGACUCAGCUGACAAAACAUUUUUAGAUCAUUUUUUCAUUAGUGUUUGUUUGGUUGAACUGGUCACAAGAUUCAGAUCGAAAUAUAAUAAAGCUACUGUUCAGAAUCUAUUUCUUGAAAAAGUUAAGAAAUAAUGAUGAUUACAUUUUUACUCCUGAUAUUUACCUUAACGGAAGCUAAUAUUUUCAAACUAUUAAAUGAAACGAUUGAAGAAAAGGUUCCAAUUUAUGAAUGCGCUAAUUAUGGAAACCGAUGUAAUCGCUUUCUUCGUAAACCAUGUUGCGAAAAGGAUAAUAUAUGCAGAAGAAUGGGAUGGGGGGCAUUUAAUGAUCUCUAUAUGUGUGUUAAACUAUCAAAAUUAAACGAAGACUGUCAAUACAAUUUAGACUGUUUACAAGUUGACUACACAGAGUGCUAUGAUCACAAAUGUAAAUGUUUGCCAAAUUAUAUUGCCGCAGGCACGACUGCAUGUUUACCUCUUUUAGGCCGAUUUUGUAAAAACGAUAGACAAUGUAUAGCAGACAAUUCAGUUUGCAUUGAUCACAAAUGCCAAUGCCAACCUUCAUUUGUUCCAGAAUCAGAUCAUAAAUGUGUACCAACGCCUUUGGGAAAAAAUUGUAUGACAGAUUUUGAUUGCGAUCUAGUAGAAUUUUCAAAAUGCUCUGCAGAUUAUAAAUGCGUUUGUAAAAAAAAUUAUGUUGUGUCAAAUAAUUCCACAUGUGUAGGACUUUUGGGAGAAUUUUGUAAGAAAGAUAACGAUUGCGGAACCCAUAAUUCUAUUUGCACAGAUUCCGUGUGUCAAUGCAAGAAUAAUUACAUAUCCAAAUCUAACCAUGAAUGUGUACCAACGCCAUUAGGAAAGUCUUGUAUAAAUAACGACGACUGUGCAGAUUUAUUUCAUACGAAAUGUUCAAAAGAUAAGAUAUGUGUUUGUAGAGGCAAAUAUGUUGAAGUAAAUGGUAUUGCAUGUAGUCCACUUUUAGGUGAAUAUUGUUGGCAAAACGAAUUAUGUGCGGCAAAUAAUUCCAUUUGUGCUGAUAAUGAAUGUCAAUGCAAAAAAAACUAUGUUCCUAUAUCCAAUAAUGAAUGUAGAGAAUCUUCCAUAGGACAGCCUUGUAAUGGAAACUCUGAUUGUAAUUCAAUACAAAGACCAACAAAAUGUUCACUAGAUAACAAAUGUGUUUGCGAAAGUGAUUUUCUGGCAUCAGACGGAGUAACUUGUUUGCAAGCUUUGGGCGAUUAUUGUUUUUACGACAAUCAAUGCGGGCCUAGAUUGUCUGCCUGUAAAUGUAAUGUUUGUCAAUGUAAUUUUUAUUUCAAAGCUGAAUCUUAUAAUAAAUGCAGUAUACAUUGAGAAGAAGUUUUAUUUGUUGCAAAUACACUACGGAAAAUGCUCAAGUACUGACGAUGCUUAAAUAUAAUAGUGUAAAAAGA